CAAACUUUUCCCACCAUUUUUGAGAGAUUCCUCCAUCCUCUCUUUCUCCCGUGAGGAAUCCAUGGCAGCGGCGCCUCCUCCGGCACCGGAGAACCUAACCGGCGACGAAACUUCUUACGGCUCAACAGUAUUCUCCGACCAGGCCGAGGAUAUUCUUCGUGGCUCGUUCGACCCGGUGCCGCUGGAUCGCUCUCGCUCCUCUGCCCUGACGGUGUGCAGGAAGGCGGACGAAGCUGCUCAGGCCGGGAACUACCGCAAAGCGCUGCGGCUCAUCGAGGUAUGCUUCUCUCUCCCCGACGCCCAGCCUCACUUAGCUAGACUACAUCGCGUCCGUGGCAAGAUCAACGCCGCGAUCGCAAAGGCGGUGGCCGAUCCCGACAAGAAUCGGCCUUACUGUGCGGUCGCGGCGGAAUCCGCUCUUAGAGCUGUGACGCUACAGCCUUGCUCGGUGGAAUACUCGUAUUUUCGCGGCAAGUUGCUCUACGGUAUGGCGAAGGAGCCAAACGACUAUGCCGAAGUGAUCGCGGAGUGCGAGCGAGGACUGGCUAUCGAUGACCCUGUGGAUUCUCUAGAAGACGUUAUGGAUGGGAGCACGUUCAUGUCGGCAGGUUCUUUUGUCGAGCGUUGCCGGCGCCAGUUGAGGAAAUUAAUUUGGAAUUCACAUUUAGCGACAAUCAAGGAUCCUGAGGGUCUGAUUGGGAAGGCCAAUGAAGCGACUCAGACGGAAGAAGAGCGAGACGAGAGCGCUCGAACGGGGAUGGUUCAUUUAAUCUGUUCAUCGUCUGGGAGUGAGGCGAAAGAACUUGGAGAAAGGACGGAAUCUGAGGAAGUGGUUUGGAAUUUCUGGAAUUCGCUUAGUGAUAUUGAGAGGAAAGAACUGCUCAGGGUUAAAAUUUCGGAUGUCGUGAAUUACUUUGGGCCCACGGGGGCACCUUGGCUCAGGUAUCAUUUGCUGAUCGCUCUAAUAUGGACCAGGACUCAGGACGAAUCCUGGGAGUACUUCCUUUGUCCCUCACCCUCAGCACCAAGGCCACGCGUGUGCAGUUACUUUUUUGAUCCCGAACCUCUUAGGCAGCACGCUCUGCAAAAGCACGCGCCGCAAUUUGCAAAGUCAAAGAAGCCCGAUAGAAUCGAUGAUGAGAUGGCCGAGCUGAUCAUCAAGUCUUCCUGGAAGCCUCUGGACAGGGAGGCCACAUUGAAGGCUCUCGAAGAUCAAUUGGAACGCAAAGGUGAGGACCACCGCGUCCCUGCUGGAGCAUGCCUUUUGCCUACUCGCUGGAUCGUCUCCAAUGACUCCAAGCGCAGACAGAGCCUAGAAAAGAUCCACUGCACCUUUUUGAGACUGAUAACACUGGGUUGUCUCGCCGUUGGUCAUCUUGAUGAGCUUCUGAAAUUUGCUUUGAAUGAACUGCACCGGCUCCAGGUCCAGAAUAAUACUCUUUUGGAUUGUGGGAUGAAAGACCUCCCGGUGUGUCUCUGGUGCUUAGAAGAGACCCAGCUUCUGGAAAUCCUCAAAUUCUUGGAGCACAUAGAUUCUAGUUGCAGAGAAGAUUGUUGUACACAGAAGAUUGGCAGCUACUUGGAUGGUCUUAAAGACAUGCUCGAGAGGUUGGAAAUGAAGGAUCGGAUCCUUCUUGAUGAUGAUGGUGUUUAUUUUAUCCUCCACGAAGGUCUCCUGCUAGAUUUUCCAAACAAACAAGGAUGGAAAGAUUGGUACGAGAGAUUCCUAGAGAAACUGCAGGAAGGUCUGAAUGUCAUGGAGAUGCUUCGAAACGAAUGUCAUGGUCUGCAGAUCCUUUGUGACAGGAGAAGUGAGCUUUUACAUGAUAAAACGGCACUGGCUGCUCAAAUGCCCAAUCAUUCAGAGAUCAGCACUGUCGAUGCUCUUAUAUUGCAAAAAGAUGCUCAAAUAGAGAGACUCUCACAUAAGUUUACAGCCACGACUGCAGUUGAUUAUCAGACCCUGUUGAUCCCUCUAGUCAUCUCAUUUGUUCGAGCAAAACUCGAAUAUUGUGCCAUGAAAAAUGCUAUUAAGAAGUCUGGUACUGCAAUUGAAGUGGAUUUUAUGGACAUGAGGACUGAUGGGUUGCUAACAGUUAAGGUUUCAGAUUUCAAGGCUUAUUUUGGGUCUUUGAAAGUCGAUUUUUUCGAUGAGUUUAUAUCACGGUCUUUGGAGUACGCAGGGACUAAUGAGACAUGGAGUCUAUCUGUUUGCUGUAAAUGUCCAGAAAAGAUUUGGGAUUCAAACUCACAUUUGGAUAACCGCCAAAACGAAAGGGCUGGUUUGCCUCAAAUCAUUAAUCAUGAUUUGGCUGAGACUAUUAUUAACCACUGUUGGGAACCCUUGGACGUUUUAGCUGCACCAGAAAUUCUUAACCACAGUCCCCUGGAUGACCAAUAUCCAGCUUGUGUAAACCCUCCACCUCCUAUACAGUUGACUGAGGAUUCUCAGCUUAAAGAGCUCCUGAAGAAAAUCCACCAUAGAUUUGCGGAGUUGAUAAGGCAUGGCUAUAUUGCUGAGAGUCAUCUCAAUAGGGUUUCUUGGUUUGUAGUGGAUGAAUUAAAACGCACUUCUUCCGCUUCUCUGUUUCAGAACUGCUCACUAGAUCUCCUUCCCUCAUGCAUAUGCUUCUUAGGAGCGGCCCAGCUUCAGAAAGUCCUCAAUUACUUGGAUGAAAUAUCUCAUCAUUGUGGUUUGGGCAUAGUUUCAGACAAAAGCUGUACAACCUUGGAGGAAGUGAGCAGCAUCUAUAAAUGCAUGGCAGGUGAGAAGGUGAUUGUUCUUAGCAGAGAUGCAUCUUGUUUACUUCUGUGAGGACAAGUGCCACCAAGCAAAUCAAACUCUGCAUGUCAGGAUGCUUCCAGUAAUGUCUUCUUUGAUAGGGAAACCCCUUGUGCUGAUAUCAUCUCAUGGAUAUUUUUAGAUUCCUCCAACUGGGAACAUUAUAAUGAGCAUAAGGACAGAAUCUGUCAAAGUACGGGAAUAAUUGAGAUGCUUCAGAAGGAGCACAAUGACAUCCAUUGCCUUUGUGACAGGAGAUUUGAUCUUUUGAAAUAUGAAGAAGCGCUAAUUGCACUUGAGAGUACUCUGGAACUUGUUAAUCAGGGCAAGAUGUCUGUCCUAAGGAAGCGAUUGAGCAAACUUAAAAAGAGAUUCUACGAUAGCAUGGUCCUCAACAGUAAGAGUGAUUUGGAUGCAGCAUCAAGUGUCUUAAAAGAAGCAGAGCAUCUGAAUACCUAUCUGGGCAGUUAUGUUGACAAUUGUGCAGGCCUGACUUGGUGGCCACCUGGUUUGGCAUCAAGUACCGAAGAUACUUGCAUCAAACAUGCAAUAUGUAUGGAGAAACACCAAGUGUCUCUUGAAAUUGCUGAAGUUGAAGCCAGAAUACUGAGAAAGGUCUCUGCAUGUGAUUAUCAAUCCCUAUUGCUGCCUCUCGUAAAGUCAUUUUUGAGGGCACGUUUUGAGGGAUGGAGCAAGAACAAUUCUACGAAGAAAUUUGCUGCUGCAGAACCUGCAUAGUCGAAAGAACAUGUGGCUUCGACAAACCAUGAGCUUAUUAGCUGGCUAUGAAUAUAAGCAAUACAUUUUGAAUGCACUAGCUGUUUUUCAUAUAUUACAGUCACUUUUCUCUUUGGAGGCUGCACCUUUUGUUGGACACGUGAGCUUAUUCAAAUUUACACCAACUAAAAGCGCCUAAUUGUUUACUUUAGUCUCA